GCUGAUGCUCUUAUCGGCGGUCUGGGGUUCUGAUCCAAUUAUUUGAAGUUAUCAUAGCUCCCCUUGGGUCCUCUUCUGCUCUUCUCCAACUAUUUACAAAUCUGGGGCGCUGGGAUCAUCAUCUCCGUUCGCAGUCAAUCGCAUUAAUUAGUUUUACUUAAUAUAUAGUCAUAUCCUAUUCUUUGAUAAUGUUGCGUUGGUAUCAGGCGAGGUUGGCCAAGCAGCCUAUCCUUACUGCUAGUGUGACGAGUGCUCUGUUGUUUGGUAGUGGAGAUGUUCUAGCCCAACAAUUAGUCGAUCGUAAAGGAUUUGAUAAGCACGACAUGGCAAGAACGGGGCGCAUGGCUCUUUAUGGUGGAGCUAUCUUCGGACCCGCUGCCACCACCUGGUACGGUGUCCUCCAGCGUCACGUCGUCCUGAGCAGCGCCAAAACUACCCUCCUUGCCCGUGUCGUCGCCGAUCAAUGUGUCUUUACUCCCGCACACCUGACUUGUUUCCUGUCUUCCAUGGCCAUCAUGGAAGGCACCGAUCCCAUCGAGAAGUGGCGUAAUGGUUUCGUUCCCAGCUUCAAAGCGAACCUGGCAAUCUGGCCUCUCGUCCAAGGAGUCAACUUUGCCAUCGUGCCACUUGAGUACCGUGUGCUUUUUGUCAACCUAGUCGCGUUGGGCUGGAACUGCUUGUUGAGCCUGAUUAACAGCGGUGAGAAGUGACUUUGAUUAUCAAUACCCCAUCUGUUGUAGACAGUUUGCAGAUAUCCCUAUGUUGUCCAUAGAUUACUAGAUGUUGUCUGGUCCAAUUGUUUUUCAUUCAAUUAUUA